AUGGCGCCCAACGCGGUGGAGGAAGCGGUGCAAUCGAACAGGCCUCCUAGCAGCUCCAGCGGCGUCUUCACCCCCUCCCAAGCCGACGAGCAAUGGACACCCAACACCGUCCAGCCCGAACAAAACUCCCCCUCCCCCCUCCCCUUCUUCCACCUCCUCGAGCGCCUCAAAACCACCAAACGCGAAGGCUGGCGCCGCUUCGGCAUCGACCACGGCGAAUCGAUCGCCGACCACAUGUACCGCAUGUCCAUCAUCACGCUCCUGUGUCCGGCGUCUCUCUCCUCCACAUUGGACAUCCCGCGGUGCACGAAGAUGGCGCUGAUACAUGAUAUGGCUGAGAGCUUGGUGGGGGAUAUCACGCCGGUGGACGGGGUGACGAAGGGAGAGAAGAGUCGAAGGGAGAGCGAGACGAUGGAGUAUAUAUGUCAAGGGUUGCUGGGGGGUGUGGGGGGAGGGGAGGCGGGACGGGGGAUGAGGGAGGUGUGGAGGGAGUACGAGGAUGGGGAGACGAGGGAGAGCAUGUUCGUGCAUGACGUCGACAAAAUCGAGCUCCUCCUCCAAAUGCUCGAGUACGAACGCUCGCACCACGGCCGCAUCGAGCUCGGCGAGUUCAGCCACGUCGCGAAGCGCAUCGCGAUGCCGGAGGUGCAGGCCUGGGCGGCGGAGCUGCUGGCGGAGCGGGAAGGGUUCUGGGCGACGUUAGGCGGGAAGCCGAAGGGCGUCGGGGAGGUUAGUGAGGAGCGGAGACGGCUGCAGGAGGCGUAUUAUGCUGGGCAUGGUCAUGGGGAGGUGAAUGGUGCGAAUGGGACGGCGAGCUGA